AUGGGGAUAAACCACGACAAUGACCACCCAUCCUGUGCAGAUGGUCUCCAUAUCAUGUCUGGGGAGUGGAUUAAAGGACAGAAUCUUGGGGAUGUUUCAUGGUCUCGAUGCAGCAGGGAAGAUCUGGAAAAAUUUCUCAGGUCAAAGGCCAGUACCUGUCUGCUACAGACGAAUCCUCAGAGCCUCAAUUCUGUGAUUAUUCCCUCCAAACUCCCAGGAAUGACGUACAAUGCAGAUGAACAGUGUCAGAUUCUUUUUGGACCAACCGCUUCCUUUUGCCAAGAAAUGCAGCAUGUCAUUUGCACUGGGUUGUGGUGUAAGGUGGAAAGGGAGAAGGAAUGCAAAACUAAACUGGAUCCACCAAUGGAUGGAACAGACUGUGACACUGGAAAGUGGUGUAAGGCUGGAGAGUGUAUCAAUCGGACCUCUUUUGCGGAGCACAUGGAGGGGGAGUGGAGCACGUGGAGCCCUUGUAGCCGUACUUGUGACACUGGAAUCAGCAGUCGACAACGCAAAUGCCCUGGUUCAGGGCUUGAAGGAGAGUGUCACGGUCCCACAAUGCAGUAUAGAGUAUGUGAAAAUCCUUCUUGUCCUGCUGGUGUGCCUGCCUUCAGGGACUGGCAGUGCCAGGCUUUCAGUGUCAGAUCUUCAUAUCAGAAGCACAUGCACCAAUGGCAGGCUGUCAUCGAUGAUGAAAAGCCAUGUGCCUUAUUAUGUUCACCAGCUGGAAAGGAUCAACCCAUUCUUCUAACAGAAAAGGUGAUGGAUGGGACUUCUUGUGGCCAACAAGGGUUAGAUGUCUGUGCAGAUGGUAGAUGCCAGAAAUUUGGCUGUGAUGGCAUAUUAGGAUCUCUGGCUCGUGAAGAUCAUUGCGGUGUGUGCAAUGGUAAUGGAAAGUCAUGCAAAGUAAUUAAAGGUGAUUUUAACCAUACCAGAGGAGCAGGUUAUGUGGAGGCUUUGGUGAUACCUGCAGGAGCAAGGAGAAUCAAAGUUGUGGAAGAAAAACCAGCCCACAGUUAUUUAGCUCUUCGAGAUGCUGGAAAACAGUCAAUCAAUAGUGACUGGAAGAUAGAGCAUUCAGGAACAUUCAGUAUUGCUGGGACCACUGUCCAUUAUGUUCGAAGAGGUCUCUGGGAGAAAAUAUCAGCCAAAGGUCCCACAACAUCACCUUUACAUUUACUGGUGCUGCUCUUCCAUGACCAGAGCUAUGGUCUACACUACGAGUACACAAUCCCACUGGAUCCUCUUCCUGAGAAUCAGAGCUCUAAAGUAGCUGAGCCUCUUUUCAUGUGGACUCAUUCUGGCUGGGAGAACUGUGAUGCUGUAUGUGGUGGAGGUGAAAGAAAAACAACAGUCUCUUGCACAAAGAUUAUGAACAAGAAUAUCAGUCUUGUGGACAACAAGAGGUGCAAAUAUUUGACAAAACCUGAACCACAGAUCCGCAAGUGCAAUGAGCAGCCAUGCCAGACCAGAUGGAUGAUGACAGAAUGGACUCCAUGUUCAAGGACAUGUGGAAAAGGGACCCAGAACAGACAAGUAGCCUGCACACAGCAGCUCAGAAACGGGACCCUGAUCAGAGCUAAGGAGAGGGAUUGCCUUGGGCCAAAGCCUGCCUCUGCACAGCGCUGUGAAGGCCAGGACUGCAUGACUGUGUGGGAGGCGGGAGUCUGGAGCGAGUGCUCUGUAAAGUGUGGUAAGGGAGUACGGCAUCGGACUGUGAGGUGCACCAAUCCCCGCAAGAAAUGUGUUUUGUCCACAAGACCGAAAGAAGCAGAGGACUGUGAGGACUAUUCCAAAUGCUACAUCUGGAGAAUGGGAGACUGGUCUAAGUGCUCCGUCAGCUGUGGCAAAGGGAUGCAGUCCCGAGUCAUCCAGUGCAUGCACAAGAUCACGGGGAGGCACGGGAAUGAAUGCUUUUCCUCAGAAAAACCUGCAGCCUACAGACCCUGUCAUCUCCACCCCUGCAAUGAGAAAAUUAAUGUUAACACAAUAACAUCACCCAGGUUAGCUGCUUUAACAUUCAAGUGCCUGGGAGACCAGUGGCCUGUGUACUGCAGGGUGAUAAGAGAGAAGAACCUCUGUCAAGACAUGAGGUGGUAUCAGCGGUGCUGUGAGACAUGCAGGGACUUUUACGCGCAAAAAAUGCAACAAAAGAGUUGACCUCUGUCAGGCUGGCUGGCUCUCAGCUCUUUGCAAUCUUAUUAUUUAUAAACACACACACGUACACACACACUUCUUCAGGCCAACUAUUAUCAGAUUACAUAUAAUUUAAUCAAAUUAAUUUAUUUUUGCCUGCCAGACAUCCUUAAUUGUUGUGGUUAGACAGCCAAUUUGUUUUAUCCUCUGGCAUUUUCAUAAUUAAUUUUUAUAUGAACAAUUUUGGAUACAUCUAUCAGAAUUUAAAAAAAAAUAGUAACUAGUAUUUUAAAUGUUUAUUUUCAGUAGGGUCGUCUCUCUGUUGCCAGCAAAAGUCAUGUUAUCUUGAAUUUAUUUUAAUUUAGCUGCAUAGUUUUGUUGUAUAUGGAAAUAAAGCUCUUUUUAAUUCUAUUAUAUUUUUGGCACUCAGAGUCAGAAUGAGCUUGUGUAUUUUACAACAGAUGUUGAGGUAAGUAAGCUAACAUUAUUGAACAGGUUAUUACAGAAUGUAUUUUGAAAUCAGUUCAUUUGAUUUAUAAACAUACUGAAGGGGAUAAUCUACUGUAAUUUAUAUUAUAAACAAGAAAACUAAAAUAGCUAAGUAGGGAUUUUGAUCAUUCUCAUGGACACAUACUUGAACACAAGUAUUGAAUCAAUGAAACACUGUAGAGAUUUACACUGAAUCACUGUUGCACUGUUUGAGGUAGUGUAGAGAAAUGGAGUCCUAGAUCUUGUACCAUCCUAUGAAUCCAUGUCUGUACUUUUUUAACAUGUCACUUGAUUUUAAACGUUUUGAAACAAAAAACCCAUGCCCCUCUAUACCUUUGUGUGUCCUCUUGCAGAUUUACAAAUGGAAGAGUCCUUCCUCCUGCCACUUUUAUGAAUUAAUCUGUUAAACAUUUUCAGUCCUCUAUUGACAAUUUAGAAAAUGGCUUUGUAAUACUACUUUAGUUUUAUCUUUGUUUUAUUAAAAAGUCUUUAUAAAAAUGAAAUGUUUUACAGUUUUGUGAAACGUUGUGAAACAGCUAAAAUUUUCCUUAUGAGAAAAUAUUGUACAUGAUUCACAUGAUUUUUACAUUUUCAAUAAAAAGUAAAGCUUAUUUUGU